UUAGUGAGCAGGUAGCCCGGCAGUCAUAAGCCUCAACCUGAAACCGAAGGGGGACAACAGCGGGGCCAAACACAAGGCCACAUCAUCAUGCUUCAGCGGCUCUGAUUCUCCAUCCCUCCCUGGAACGACACCGAGGACUCCAGCAUGUACCCCAACUCCCAGUCGGUGAGACACCCGGCUCAGACGCUGUCGCUGAACAGUCAGUACCUUCCGCCCGCGUAUGACUUCACCGGGUACCACCACCACCACCACCACGUCCCGGGAGUCAUUGACCCGACCGCAGGCACCUGGAACCCCGCGUACGCGCACCGGGAGGAGUACCCCUACAGCUUCCCGGGGUCCAGCCCGAGCGCCCUGCAGGCCAGCUUCACCUCCCAGGAGCUGGGCGGCGCGCCCUCGCCCCCUGGAGGGGGCUCCCUCACCCCCUACAACUUCCUCUGUGCGCAGGAGCCCUUCAGCUCCAGGAGAUCACCUGAGGCCAUCAGGCAGAGCGCGUCAGGAGGGAAAACUCGGACUAAAGACAAGUACAGGGUGGUGUACACGGACCACCAGCGACUAGAGCUGGAGAAGGAGUUUCAGUAUAACCGCUACAUCACCAUGAGGAGGAAAUCGGAACUGUCACUGGCCCUCAGCCUCUCUGAGAGACAGGUGAAGAUCUGGUUUCAGAACAGACGUGCCAAAGAGAGGAAGAUGACCAGGAAAAAACUGCAGCAUUCCCAGCAGGCCUCCACGACGACUCCGACUCCACCUGUGCUGGGUGGACACACCGAUGCGCACGCUGCCCCCAGUCCCAGCAGCAACAUGGUGUCAGAUAUCAAAUCUGAGGAGUACUAGAUGGAUUGGCAAACCUGAACAGUUUCUGAUUAUGUAAAUAUUGUUUUGUUGUAAGUUCUCUAGAAAGCAAAUCAUUCGCAGCAACAUGGUGCAUUAAUGCUGCACCGGCUGACUUUUCCAAUGCAGAGCUCUACAAGUUGCACUGAUCAGAGUUAAAGAGCAUUCAUGAACCAUUUCAGUUUUUUGUUUCAAUCUAUGCAGAUUCUUAACAGAUAUGACUUUUAUUGUUUGUCUGGUUGAAAGUUUUUCCUGUUUUUCUAUUUUUUUAAUAUAAAGGGGUUUAAUAUCUGGCUUUUUGAUUAAAAAAAUAUUUUUUGUUGCAUUUUUCUAUUAUUUUUACCAAACACAAUCAAACCGGUGGCUCUUUCUGCAAACAAUUCAUGCAGAAAUGAUCCAUUAUUAAUCCUGACGUCUUUAGAGUUCAAACUGAAAUCUAAAGCUGAAACAAAAUUAAAAAAGAGGCAUGGUUCUCACCUUUUAAAGCUCUUUUUCUAUUAUUCUGAUUUGUAUUGUAUAGAUAUAUAAUAAAAAAAUGCAGUCCAGUACAGCCA